AUGAAGAUCGUGACUUUAUUCACCGGCAUCGGCGGUCUAGAUUUAGGGUUUUCCCAAGCUGGUCACGACGUGAUUAUGCAAGUUGAAAGUGACGAGCGUUGUGCAUCAGUGCUAAAAACACAUUUUCCUGGUGCACGCCUACAUCGUGACAUUAGCAGCCUCGAAGAGCUUCCCGCGGAAACGGAAGUACUUGCAGCAGCCGUCCAAUGGCCUGAACAAGAUCUUGACGAAAGGAUAGACAAGUCUUCACGAGAGCAGAUCUGGCUUCCUGCUUCCCGAGCAUCGGUCAUGGCUGAACACGCCCAUAUAUUUCGCCUCCUCGCAACCUGUGCAGUCCCUUGGGUUGUUCUAGAUAUUCCAGUUGCGCUUCUUGAAUGGACCACUGCAGCUAUUCCAGCACGGCCCCCUCAUUUAGCGAAUCUGGUCAAGGACCUCGAAUUUCUCGGCUACAGGUGGGCGUAUCGCGUAGUCAAUCUUCUAGGUUUUGGCCUGCCUCAGCGCCGCCAUCGCAUAUUGCUCGUCGCCAGUGUGCACGGUGAUCCACGAGAUGUGAUCUUAUCGCAAUUCAAUCAAUGUCGUGGCGAGUGUGCCGGGAAAGGGCUGAAGGAGUGUUAUAAGUGUUUUACCACCGAUCCACAAUAUGAUGAGCCGUCAAAGAUGGCAGCAUGCGUAGACCUUUUGCAGAAGCGCCGCCCACCCACUCUACAUGAAACAGAUUCCCUCACCCCGAGAAACGCCCGUCGUGUCUGCAUUGUUCGUGAAGAUUUGAAAUCUGCCAGCAUGUUAUCGGUUGCCGAUGCCGAGCGUUUGAUGGGCUUUCCAGAAGGUUGGACGAGAGCCCGCGGAUGUUUGAGUGGAUUGGCAUCUACAAAGGUUCAUGCGGAGCUCAGAAGACAGGACAUCGAAACUGAUUCUCCCAAGGAUACGUCGAUGGUGGGAGAUAUGCCAAGGCGGAAUCUAGUCAAGAAGUGCAACAAUCUGAUCGCACCUGAUUCUGCAACUGAUGUUCUGGGAACCCAUUAUUCGACCAAGGAACAUUUUCGCCGUGGGUCCGGAGAUGACCGUUAUCCACGUUUUUCAUUCGCAAAACCGUGCUCACCAGCGUCCGCUUCAGUGGAAGUUAAUUUGCAAUCUGCAAAUGUGCAGACAGACACUUGCUCCAAUGCUGAAUAUAUUGAACAUGAAGUCACUGGAGGGGAGAUUGGCGAAGAAAGUAUGAUUACACCAGAGGAGGCAUCGAGGAUCAUUCGAAUGUUUCUCCUUGUCACGGCAAGUGCUGUGCCGAUGGCGAAAUGGAUCGGAGAACAGCUAAAUAACCCCUACAAUGUAAAGUUCCAGAACUGGCAACUUGGUAUCCCGUUUCACAAAGAAAUUAUCGGAGGGCUUGAUGCUCCUGAAGGACGAGCUUGGCCUCGUGCUGCGUGGAAUGUACUUACCCGCAGCAGAACAGGAGCAGAACUCGAGCAGAUGGUUUGGAAUGGCCGACAUGCGUUGCGCGAUUGUUCUGACACGCCACUUUGUGUACCAUUUACUCCUCUUGGUGAAUUUUUGCCGCACAAUGGAGUCGCGCCAUCAAAACAGGCUGCAUCUGCUUACGUCACUGCCCUCCAGAUAUCGCAUUUUGACAUUCCCGAUUUCGUCAUUAAUAUCCUUGACCCUUGCGGCGCUGUGACUACAGCGAACGCAUCACGACGAGGUAGUGAGAAACCCCACUGCACCGAUUUGAUCCGCCUUGAAAAUCUUGCCGAGCUCGCCUCGGCGCAACCCUCAAUUUUCCCAUUUAUGGAUGUCGGCAAAGAUGAACUUCGAAAACCUGAUGAGGAAGGGGAUGGGUGCUCGAACGAUGACGAGUCGGGUUUUGGCUCUAUAGUUGGGACCCGGUUUUCUGGUGGCGUAUCACCAACAGAGAAUGAGAAAAUGACCAUGACUUGCAAAGGGGAACCGCCAUUUGAGUAUGUUCCAUCUGGAGAAGAGGACGAAAGCAACGAAGAUGAUCCCUUUUUAGCCGGAAGGCCUGUGUGGGCGCCCUGGAAGCUUGGCAAGGGCGCAGACAACAUACUGUGGCCCGGCAUUUCUCUUCACCGUGAGCGAAACAAGGAAAUUAUCCCUGACGCAGCGUUGAAGAUGAAGGUGAAGGGUUCCUCAGCCAAUUCACAUCAGCUAGUCAUUUUCUUUGGUGAUCGCACUUAUCAGUGGUUGCCAACAUCGAGCCUGAUCAACUUUAGGGACGCGCGGUUCAAGGAAUGCAUGAAUCAAAAUGUGAAAAGAUACGCAGCCACAUUCCAGCGCGCGUGUGAAGAAGCAAGGGUUUGGUUUCGGACAUGGAAGAACGUUCAAUUUCAAAAUCACCAUCGUAGUCUAUCACAACAGGAGCAGGGCAACCCACCAUAUACAGAAGGUACAGGUACCAAACCUGACACAGAGAAUACAAUUACUCGAUGGGCCCAUAGAAAUGGGUUAGCAGAAAGAUUUGAUUUUGAUACUUGCAAAUCUAAAUUACUGGCUGGCCAGAACAUGACAGUUCUUCCUCACAUAUCUGGUGGCACACGUCUUCUUGGAAUAGUAAGUUCUGGGCCUGUCAGCUAUGCAGGUGCCCUUGGAUCCUCCGCCGAACCUGAGCCAUGCGGUUUCUGCCGCAUUUGUCACUCUCGUACCACAGCUGCAAUGCGUGCAGCAACAUUGAGCGACGUCAAACACAACAUACAGCGGCACCUCAAGUGCCCCCAGAUACAUAUAGUGCAGAUGGCGCGCACGGGCCACGUGGGUGCUUUACUUGCACUCCGACGCGAGAACGCCGUAGGAAUUAGGGUCAUGCUCUUGAUGGAUCCAAAUGGCAUCUUUUCGUGUGGAAAGAUCAGCUCAUUUGACAGCACCCGGUUCUCACAUGAUGUUAAAUUUGAUGAUGGAGUCGUGGCAACUAGGCUCAUGCUGUGGGACGAGUCUAUACAAAUUCUUGAAAAGCAAUCGGACCCAAGCUCACAUGCACCUGUAGCCGUUUCAUUUCAUGCUGCAGAACAUGCCAAGUUGGGGCUGCCAUCCAGGGAAGCUUUUGCGAAAAUGAUUAGCUCUGCAGAACGUGAGAUGAAGCUAGAAAAGGACGAUAACGACUGUGCAAAAAUCCGGAAACGCAAAUCACCCGAUGUACCAGUAGAUGUGCUUGGUUUGGCUGGUGUACGAUGCGAGUCAUGCGCCCGGUCACACAAAGGGAUAGCGUAUUGCAUCGCCCGUGGGCACAAUCGAAAAAGUGUCAGUAAAGCGAAGGCCGCAACGCUGAGCUCAAAUACGCAGAGCACAAUCCACGAAUUCAAGGCAGAGGCCAUGCCGCGCGCGACGGUUCGCCGAGGUGGUAAUGGUAAAUUUGUUGUUUCCGAGUCAGUCGGUGCGGCACUUGCAACUGCAGGUGUAGAAAUUCCUGAGCGUUGCCCUCUUUGUAUUCGCCGCAAGAAAGGCUUAGCACACUGCCUGAAAAAAGGUCACAUCGCAGGGGCAGAGACUGCAGCAGCUAUGAUUGUUCCGGAUAGUCUGACUCGCUGGUCAAAUAAGGGGGUUUCCACUGCACGAAAGCUGCACGAAGAUAUUUACGGCGCGGCAUUGACAGAAUCCCAGCAGACGAUCAUUCUUGCAUCAGACGCGCAAGGACUGCGCGCAUGCCAGAGUUAUGAAGACUCAGGAGGGAUUGCCCAAAAUAACUCGGUGACAACGCAAGCGAUAGCAGCAGCAGCCAUGGCGGCAGCAUUUGCAAGAGCGGCUGGUCGGGCACCCGUGCCCGUCAGGCCCGCGAACUCCCCCUGAAAUACCUCAUCAUCUCCAUAUGCUUCGCGAUCUGCAUCGCCCUGC